AUGGACGCUGAGAACAGCCAGAAGAACAUCGAGCGCCUGGCGCGUGUUCGUGAGAACCAGCGAAAGAGCCGAGCGCGAAAGCAGGAGUAUGUCCGUGAGCUAGAGCAACGACUGGCGACUUUCAAAAAUGAAGCCCAGCAGAAAGACAUCCAGCAUCGGCUGGCCAGCCAGAAACUCGAAGCGGAGAACCGCCACUUGAGGACGUUACUAGGGUCUCUUGGAAUCUCGGCGGAGCUGGUUCAACAGUAUCUACAAAUCGCCGAUCAAGGCACGGCGGUCAAUCGAAAAGUCGCGAUCCCUGCGAUGCAGCGACCGGUAGAGAUGCCCGUAUUGUCACCGUCUAGUUCCUCAGAGACCAACCCACGGUCAAGCUCUGCGCGCGCAAGCGCCUCGAGUGCAUGUAGCAUGGCGACUGAUGGCUCAACCCCGAGGGAGACCGGCGGUACACCUACUUCCUAUACACAAAUAGCUUCCGCUCCUAAUGCUUGUGCUCCAAUUGCUCCUGCACCGAGUGCUUGUGCGCCGACAGCUUGCGCUCCCACAGCUUGCGCGCCAAGUAGUUGUGGACCAACCGGCUGCACACCCGUGAAAGUUGAGCCGAAAGAGCCACAGCUAUUACAACAACCCUUACAAGAACCUUCGCAACAAUCCUCUCAACAAUCAUCGCAACAGGCGUUGCAACAGCCGCCGCAACAGCCGUCGAUCCAGCCGAAGCUCGCGAAUCCUUCCCUCUGCGAUUGCUCACCAGGCGACGCGAUGGCCGAGUGUGACGAUGAUCUACUGAACACGACUCUUUGUAGCAUGGCAGAAGAAUUGAUCAACCAGUACAAUAUAAACGGCAUCGAUAUUGAGGAAAUCCGAAAAAGACUCUGGGCUGGAUUCAAAGCCGGGGCUAGAGGGGAUGGCUGCCGAGUUGAGAAUCAAGUCUUGUUCCAAGUUUUGGACGAGAUCAGCAACGGCAUGUGA